CUGUGCGAGUCUUGUUCGAGGCGGGGCGAGAGAGUUUUUCAGGACCAGGGUCGCUCUCUGACUUUGUGUCGUACGCAUUGCAAACAUUCUAGCCAACAUGCCUGGAGCCUGACAAUAAACAGGUUUUGUGGGAUGAUCAGAAAGCAAUGCAGCAGAAACUUCUUUGACGGGCGCCGCUUGGACUAGAAACGGGACACGUUUCGAAGAGACUGCGAAGCAAAACGGUGGACUAAAAGCAGGGACCGAUAAUGCCCGAUUUGGGAUGGACUAAGGGAAAACUCGAAGAUUACGUGUAAUACAAGAACAAAUAAUAAUGGCUCAUCGCUCGCAGUGUUCCUCUGCUGGGGAUAAUCCCUUGGAUCCCAACUACCUGCCGCCGCACUACCGCGAGGAGUACCGCCUGGCCAUCGACUCCCUCGUGGAGGAGGACCUCGAGGGCUACUACCACUUCCUGCAGAGAGCGGACGUGGUGGACUUCCUGUGCUCGCAGGAAAUCGAGUUCAUCCAGAACGCCGUGCAGGCGCCCCGGGAGGCUAACGAUGGAGACCAGCAGCGGUGCCCGCCUGGUUCUGGAGGGGACAGUUCUUCGGACACCUACUGGCCGGUCCACUCGGACCUGGACGCCCCGGACCUGGACCUGGGCUGGCCCCAGCUGAACCGCUUCGUGGGCCCCACCGAGGUCACCACUCUGGUGAACCCGCCGGAGCCCGACAUGCCCAGCAUCAAGGAGCAGGCCCGGAGGAUGAUCAGGUCCUCCCAGCAGGUGGUUGCCAUAGUGAUGGACAUGUUUACAGACGUUGACAUAUUUGCGGAAAUACUUGAUGCUGCAAUGCGGAAUGUGGCCGUCUAUAUCCUACUCGAUGAACUGAACGCUCAUCAUUUCGUCAACAUGCUCUCAAACUGUCGUGUCAACCUGGACUGCAUCAAAUCGUUGCGUGUCAGGACAGUGUCCGGCAUCUCCUACCAAUGCCGCUCGGGGAAGCUGCUCAAAGGUCAGGUGAUGAGUCGCUUCCUGCUGACGGACAGCAGGGCGGUACUCAGUGGAAACUACAGCUUCAUGUGGUCUUUUGAGAAACUACACCGCUGUUUUGCACACCUCUUCCUUGGACAACUAGUUUCUAACUUUGAUGAAGAGUUCCGGAUUUUAUAUGCCCAGUCCCAACCAAUGACAAUGGACAAUUUACCCGCUCCAAAAGAGAGCUUUGUUCCUUUACCUGAGAGGCAAUAUUUAACUGACAGGUCGGUCAGAGAGUCCAGGAAAAAUGCUACAGUAGACAACCCAGGUCCAGAUGAAAGGUCUAGACACAAUUUUGAUGAAAGGGGGGAUAAAGACUGGAAAAAUAUGCCUCAUAACCGGCAUGAAGACAUGUACAUGAACCCCAGCCAGCAAUUGAGAAUGGGCCAGCCUUCAAAUUUGAUGGAAGGUCACAACUACAAACGACACAGUUAUGCUGAAGGCAAACAAACAUCAUAUCAACCAAUGCAGCAACCAGGAAUGCCACGCGUUGAAGGUCAGGGAAGGCGGACUGAUGCGGUCUACAGUGCCUAUGAUAAAUUCAAGAACCACGCUUAUCCUCAAGUGGAUCAGCACCCUGAGCCCGGCUUACCACAUGAGAUGGAACAGCCUGAAAGCUACGACCUGGUUCUUAACUACUUGUCAUCAACAAGCGACGUAGAGAUGGACAAGAUGUCUGACAAUUUCAACCCUGCGGCUGAAUUGUCGACAGGUUCAUCUCGUCCUAAAAGGCUAAGUCUUGGCAAACCACAGGGCCGUGAGCCCUCUCCUUCGCCUCCCAACCAACCUGAGCAGGGGUCUAACGUGGACCGCAAGGAUCCAACAGUGAGGCAGGGGCUAAGGAAUUGGAGAAUUAAAUCUUACCUCAGCACGUGUGACAAUGCAGGAGAGGAGGACAUGCCACUGCCAACUCAUCAGGCCUCGGACCCCUUUGACGAGACCCCUAACCCCUCAUACGACACAGUAUCGGGCCCUGAUUUAUUCACCGCUAAGCCUCCAAAUACUCUGGAAUUCAAGGUCCCGCACAGACCUUAUCCCAGCUACAGGAAAUCCAAUCUCACUGAGCAUUACCCAGAGGAUUUCCUGACGCUUCCAGCACAAGCCAAAUUAACUCCAUCCACUUCGGAGUCUUCAUUAACCGAAGCAGAUAAGACGGAUGAAAUGGAUGAACAAGAACCAAAAGAGGAGUCGUUCCGUAGAAGAUUUAAUCCAGCGGUGCCAAGAAGCUCCAGGCUAAGAUCUUCUCUGUUAUUCGGCUCUCAACUUGACCAGCCUGGUUCUCAAGAUAUCAGAACUACCACAGGGAGACAGGACGAGGACACGGAUAAGGUUGAGGGUUCUGAGUCGAGAUUGCCCUUUGCCUUACAGGUUUUGGGUCAUAGAAAGACGUUUGUAAAAGAGCCUUUUGAUUGGAGCCGUCUUGCAAAAUCAGCCACUUUUGAUAGCUCUCUGACAGACGCUUCAAACUCUGAUGAUGUCAGAGAUAAAGAGGGCAUAGAGAACACUUCAGGAACUCAACCUUUGAAAGAUAAUCAUAAAAACACUGAUCUAGUGACAGCAUCAACGCCUAUGGAUGCAUUGAUGCGACCGAGCUCAUCCCAUUGCGAGCUGUCGAAAAUAGACCAGCCUAGACAGCUUUCUGACUCUUUAAUGGAAAUCCCCUUUGUAGAUAUGAGUGAUGCCGAUCACAGGCUCAUGUUUUUCAAACAAUUAGCUGCAAAGAGAAAAGCAGAGAAAGUCUCAGAAUCAGCAAAUGCGAACACAGACAAAGUUGUACUGAAGACUCAAAUGGAUCCAAAGACCGCCACUGUGAAAAUUGAGCAGCCUACGCAGAAAAAACCACAGCGUGAUCCUGUUGUCGAGGCUAGCUGUGAAAAGGAGCAGAGCAAUGUAUCAACAGAUUCAGAGAAGUUGGAGCUGAAGAAAACCCAAACCCAAACACAAGACCCUAGUUUGUCAGUUAAAUCUGAAUCUUCCCUGAUGGAGUCUUCUAUCCGUGACCCCAGUUGUGUAGAACAACCGGCAUCUUCUAAAUCUUCAUCAAUUCCCGACUCAUCUGAAUCCAGCGUUGCUCAUAACCCUGUUGGAGUAGACUCAAGUUUGUCUCUUUCAGUUCCAUUAGUGUCAAGCUCUUCUGAGCAAAUCCAAUCUGAUGUUGACCCUUCAAAACGCGUCACCAUUUAUCCUACUCGACCCAUCAUUGUAAGAGAACCUUUCAAGUGGAACCGUAACGUAAGGUCAGCCAUCUUUGAUACCACUAUUAAAAAGAGAGACACUGUGGAUACAACUGAGAACUCCUCUGGAGUUGAACAUCCAGAAAACAGUGUUGGCAAGGCAGCAUCAAAGGCUGCAGAUGUAGAACUGGCUAUUCCACAAUGUGUGCUGCGACCUAGCUCCUCUCAUUGUGAGCUAUCCAAAAUAGACCAGCUGGUUCAACCUCAACCUUUGCCGGGCGAAUCAACAGUAGACAUGACGGAUGCUGAUAACAGGCUGAUGUUUUUCAAAGAGUUGGCAGCAAAACGAAAAGUUGAGAAGGCUGAAGGAACAAACGACCCAGCCGCAGUUUCGCUGGCGACUCACUCGAAUUCUAAAAUCGACAUGUUGCACAAUGAGGAACCUGCCGCUCAGAAACUAGAUGCAGAGGGCACUGGUCAUUCCAAGGAAGGCGAAACUAAAUUACAUAAAACCGCCUUGGAGAAAUAUUUCACAAAGGAUAUAGCACAAUUAACUCCAACGGUAUCCACGACAGUUGAGGACGAUAAUGGACCUGUUCCCAUGGCUGGCUGUGAGAGUGAGCGAGGCAGCGUGACUACUGAUUCAGAGAAGAUUGAGCUGAAGAAAAUUAAAAGACAAGCAUCUACUAGCACCCCGGAUCAAUCUCCGUCAACCAUCUCCAGCCAAUCACUGGAAGUCCCCCCCGCCCCUACCCCCACGGAAACCAGUACUGCGGCUAAUUCUAGGACCUCGCAGAACACCCCUACUGAUCCAACCCCCUCUUUGAGUCAACCGUUAUCUACCAUGGCUCCUUCCACUACAUUAGAAUCCAACUCAACGGAUAACAAAUCCGUAGACACAAGAGAGCCAGCGGAGGCUGCCUGUCCCCCUUCCCUGGACUCGCCUACAACCGGCAGCGAAACCCCAGAGGACGAUGCUACAAAGUCCUCACCUGCGAAAACUGAAUCAUCUUCGGACGUGGAACCCAUGAAACCCGAAUCCACUAGUUUCCCAACUGAGAUCCCCGAAACACUUUCAGAAGAUGUAGAAUCCGAUGCUCCUUCUGAAGCUUGUGAAAGCGAUUCAAAGCCAACCUCGAUCCAGACCCCCUCAGAGACAUUACCGGAGGAACCAUGUGCUCCCAGUUCAGAAGAUGAACUUCCGCCAACAGAAUCCAACUCUGUUGCUCUGGAGUCAUCUUCUCCCACUGCAGCGCGUCCAUCCCAGGAGGACGUUGAAGAUAUAACCAAUGCAUCGCUUAGCAUUAGCCUACCACAACCAUGCUCAGCUGACCCAACAGAAAGCUCUGAAUCAUCGAUAUAUAACGUCGAAAAAGAACCAGUUGAUUCACCAAAGUCGAAUGCAGCUGAUGAAAUUAAGAUAGAAGAAACAGUUUUACCAUCUUCUACCCUUGCGCCUGACUCAGGUGGCUCAGUGCCCCCUAUACCCACUUUAUCCGAAGAAUCUCCAAUCGCUCUGGUAUUACAAACUUUGUCCGAAAACCAAACUAAACCUGCAUUAGAAGUGAUUCUCACCCAAACUCCAGACCAAACCAAACUCACAGGGGCUGAUGAAACCACCAUAGAAUUAAAACCGACAGCUUCUGAAAGCUGUCCAUCAGAACCAAUAGUAGCAAUGGAGAAGAGCAUGGUUAGCGACCCCUGUGAAGUUGAAAAAGAAUCAACUACGACAGAGGAGCCCGUUCCUGUGUCCCCCCUGUCAAAGCAGCCCAAAGCCUCCCAGUCCCGCUACCACUCCUCAACUGCCAGCGUGAUCUCGAGCAGCAACCUCAGAGAUGACACAAAGCUGCUCUUAGGACAGAUAUCUGCCAACAGCCAGAACAGGAACGAACCCACCAAGGAGCAGCCAGUCACAGAUGACGAUAAGGAAUCCGAGGCUGACAAGAAGGCUAAAGGCCAAAAAGAUGGAGGCUCCAAGUAUAAAGUCAGAGGAUCAACAAAGACGGCAGAGGAACGUGAAGUGCUGCUUCAAAAGAUCCAAAGUAUGCGAAAGGAGAGGAAAGUGUACAGCCGGUUUGAGACUCCAAAAUAGCAGGGGAUCAAGCAAGAAGGUUAAAGAAGGGAUGCAUAUCUGUGGCAAUAAUCCAACAACAACGUCUGGACUGCAUCACUCGAGACAUGAAAUAAUAGGUGCUUUAAAAACAUUGGUUCAAAUUGUGAGAAUCUUUUCAGAUUUUUUUAUGGAUAUUUAUCAUGUGUGCUAACUGGGAUCGAAGCAUGCAGUACUGAACGCAUCAGAUGGAUGAAUACGGGCCUUCUACUGUGGAUCUGGCAAUUAUCGGUGUACGGGGCGAAUGCUGUGGCACGAAAGGGAAAGACAAAGUGAUGUAUGAUGAAAUCAAUUCUCAAGACUGCACGGGUAAAGUGCAAUGUAAUGUGGUUGGCACCACUGAAUGUGGUGGAAGUGGUAUCGUUUUGAUACCCGUUGCACAUGUUUAUGAUCUUUUUUUAUAAACAAUACGAUUUUUUAUUUCAUUUUUAGUGCUGGUUACUUAUAUGAUAGUCAAUAUGGGCCAAUACAAAAAAACAUGGGAUCUCUAGUUCGUAGUUAAGUUCUUGAAAUAUUGGCAGUGUGAAAUUAUUUGUAAUGAUGGAAAAAAAAAAAAAAUGUUUAACCUGACAUUCAAACAAAAAAACACGUAUUAGGCUGUACAUAUCUAAGCACUAUGCGUUUUUUUUGUGUUUUUUGAUUUCCUGCCAUAAACAUUGUGUGAAGUUCAGUUCCAAACAUUGUCUUACUUUGCCAAAGCUGUCCUCCAAGCUGUACUUAAUGUUCUCUACCUUAAAGCCAGAACCUGUAUUGUUGUAAUGACUUUCCAUUUCUGAAUUUGCAAAUGCUGCAUACAUUUUGCAUGACCGUUAUGGAUGUUUUGUUGUUCUUUAUGGCUUUUUUUUGUUACAUAUAUUUUAGAAGAUACAUUUGAUUAAUUAUAACUUUCUUUGUCUACUAAAUAUGCAAUUUAUUUGUAAAUAAAACUUCCGUUAAAUAU